AGAGAUAAAGUAAAAUGCACAGCAUGCUCUUUUCUCUUUCUGUUUUCUUUUCUUGCUGUUGAGAAGAGAAUCUACUCCUUCUGGAUCAAUCUGCAUCUCUUUCUAGAGUGAAAGAACUGCUUUAUUUGACCAAGGAACACUCUGGUACCAGCCAUGUUUUUCCUCCAACCUUUCAACAUUUUCCUGCUGCUCUUCUUAGGAGCAUCGUUAGCUUCGGCUGCUGCUCCUGAUACAAAUUCCUGCACCGUCUUGGCUUGUGGCAACCCAGGAGUCGCUGGUUUACCAGGGAGAGAUGGAAGGGAUGGGGCCAAAGGAGAGAAAGGAGACACAGGCCUCCAAGUGAGGGGUCAACAAGGCUUCCCCGGGAAGGCUGGCCCUGCAGGACCGAAGGGAAACACAGGAGCCCAAGGCGAGAAAGGACAAAAGGAGAAAUGUCAGCCGUUGAUACAGUUCAAAGGCAAAUUGCUGCUUUGGAAAAGAUGGUCCAGACAUUACAAGCUGAAGUUACCAAAAGCAAAAAAAAUCUUCUCAAUGCAGGGGGUGACCACCAUCGGAGGGAAAACCUUCGUUUCAACUGGUCAGAGUGACAAUUUUGCAAAUGGGAAAGCUCUCUGCAGCAACACCGGUGGUGCCCUGGCGGCUGCCAGGAACGUGGCUGAGAACACGGCCUUGGCGGCAAUGGCCAAGAGGAACGGCAAGCACAUAUACCUGGGUAUAAGUGACAUCCAGACAGAAGGCAAGUUUGUGUAUUUGAAUGGACAGGCAGUGGGGUACACCAAAUGGAAACGUACGGAGCCUAACAACUUGAACGAGGAAGACUGUGUGAUACUCCUUCCAGACACCCAAUGGAAUGACAUCAGCUGUGACCACCAAACACUCAUCGUUUGUGAGCUUUGAUCUAUCUAGAACGUUGCAGUUUGUAUUCCCAGGGGCGUCCAUGGAAGAAGAAAACUCAAGUGAUGUCAUGACAUCAUCAUACCAUCAUUGGUGCUCUUAAUGCCAUAAUCACACCCUGACACCUCUUUGACAGCUUUGUGGCUUGCUAGCGAUGCCUGUCCAUAUUCUAGGACAGGACAAAAUAAUUGCGUAAGUGUGUUGAUUUUGCUUUCCAGGCUGGAAAUGUCAUUGUGCUAGGGGAAAAAAAAGAUACAAUAGAGCUACUGUCUCUAUUUUUCUCCACGCAUGUUUUGUCUCGCAGUAUUUUAUUAUUGUGGUUACUGUAUUUUUCG